AUGGAAUAUAGGAAGCAAUUCAACGCACGGCACCAAUACGACGGUGAGGGCGUGCGAAGUUUUGUGCGAGAAUUGUGCCGACUGGCCAGCAGAGCAUGGGAAAAUGAUUCGCCCUCUGAAUUGGAGAAGAAGUUGCUGGAACAACUAGUCAAGGGGUCCAGAUCCAAUAACGAACAACGGCAUCUGCUCAUGAACCCACCAUCGGACUUGGAGAUGGCUGUCAAACGUGCAGAAGAUCUGGAGAAGCUGGAGGCGGCCACAGUAGCACCUCGAGAAUGUCUAGCGGUGGGGCACGAUUGUGCGCAAGAAAUCGGACAUCAGGCAUGGCAGAGAAGCCGGGGAAUGCGACGACCUUGGUGGCCCAACUAUCGGUUCCAUCAUAGACCACCAGCCCGUUGGCAUUACAGGACAUUCAACUACGGUGGACUACAACCUGAUGGGUCCAAGCAAAACAAAGAGUUGAAUAUCCCCACUGUUUGCUGUCAGUCGAAUAGCCAGGACAAGUUGAUGAUUUAA